AUGGUAUACUCUGGUAAUGAAGGCGGCAGUAACUAUGGUGUAGGAAUAUUGAUGGACAAGACAAUAAUAAAUAGCUUAAUGAGCUGGAAGGCAAUAUCAGAUAGAAUAAUAUUGGCCAGAUUCUACACCAGAAUGAAAAAGAUAUCAAUAAUUCAAUGUUACGCCCCAACUGAAAUUGCUCAUGAUGAAGCCAAAGAUACAUUCUACAACCAACUCAGCACAGCUAUCAAUAGUAUCCCCAAGACUGACAUUGUAAUAUUACUGGGGGACCUCAAUGCCAAAGUCGGUGCUCAGCAAGAUUCAAUCCCGAAAAGCAUAAUGGGAUCACAUGGUAUGGGCACUAUUAACAACAAUGGGGAGCGUCUGGUAAACCUGUGCCUAGAAUACAACAUGGCUAUCGGUGGAACUCUCUUCCCCCAUAAGAACAUCCACAAAUACACAUGGGAAUCGCCCGAUGGAAGAACCAAGAACAAGAUAGACCAUAUAUGCAUCAGCAGAAAGUGGAAACAAUCAUUAUUAGACGUCAGAGCCUGGAGGGGCGCAGAUAUUGACAGUGAUCACAAUCUUCUCACUGGCGACAUAAGACUGAGACCAAGUAAGAUAAGAAACACACUACAAAGAAGAAAGCGUAAACUACCAACUUACAAAUUAAAAAUGGAGGGUACGAAGCAGGAAUUCGUAUCAAGUAUACAACAAAUAAGCCAAAGUACAAACAUAAGCAAUAUACAAGAAAUGUAUAGACAGAUAGCGGACGAAACACUGGGAACAAUUGAAAACACAAGAAAAAUAUGGCUUUCAAACGAUACUUGGUCGAAAAUAGAACAUAGAAAAAAAUUACGAACAAAAAUGCUCACACAGCAAACAGAUGACCUAAAAGCAGAAUAUAGAGAAGUUGCGAGAGAGGUCAAGAGAUGCGCCAGAAGAGAUAAGAGAAGAUAUUAUGAUUCGAUAGCAACAGAAGCACAGUCAGCAGCCGAACAAAAUAAUAUGCGCCUCCUAUACAACAAGAUCCGAACUCUAGCCAACCAUAGAACAAGACUCAGCCAGCCAAUCAAAGACAGUAAUGGUCAACUUCUGACUUCUGCCCAAGAACAAAUGCAAAGAUGGAAGGAACAUUUCGAAUAUAUGCCCACCACUAUUAACCAAGCGCAAGCAAAUAAUGAAUCGCUAAUAAGACCACCACCUCUCAGAAUCAACCAGAACCCUCCAUCAAAAAGAGAAAUCAUGGAAGCAAUAGCAAAAAUGAAGAAAAACAGAGCUGAAGGUCCCGAUGGCAUUCCUGCAGAACUACUUCAGGCAGAUCCUAAAACAACAUCAGAUAUUCUGCUUCCAAUCCUGGUAGAAGUAUGGAAUAGUGAGAGAAUGCCCGAUAUUUGGAAACAAGGUAUUAUCGUAAAACUUCCAAAAAAGGGGGACCUUAGAGAGUGCAGUAAUUGGAGAGGUAUCACGAUUCUCAAUGUAUUGAAUAAGGUCCUAGCAAACAUAAUUCUGGGAAGAAUAAGCUCAAAAAUUGAAGAAAGUUUGCGAGAGGAGCAAAGCGGAUUUAGGAAAAAACGGGGGUCUAAGAUCACUCAAACACCCUGCGGUUGA